CGCAAACACGACGAACCGAGUCCGAAAUUCGUGCAGCAUCAUGAACGCCAAGGUGGUGGUCCUCUUUGCCCUGGUGGCGCUCGCUUUCGCCGAGGAAACGAAGAACGAUGAAACAAAGAAGGUGGAGACGAAGAAGGAUAAGCGGGGUCUUUACGGAGCCUUGGGCUACGGCUACGGUCUUGAUGCUGGACUGGGUUAUGGCUAUGGUCUCAAUGGAUUGAGCGCGUACUCGUCCCUUCCGAUCAGCCACGGUCUUUCUACCGUCUUGACGAAGGAAGUCGCUGUACCCGUACCCCAACCGGUCGCCGUACCCGUCGAGAAACACGUCCCAGUCCCGGUUAAGGUGCCAUACGCCGUGCCCGUCGACCGCCCGUACCCCGUCCAAGUGCCCAAACCCUACCCAGUCGAGGUCACCAAGCAUGUUCCCGUCCCGGUAGACCGCCCCGUGCCCGUACCCGCCCCGUACGCCGUCAAGGUCCCAGUUCCCGCCCCGUACGCCGUCAAGGUGCCCCAGCCCUACGCCGUCCCCGUCGUCAAACACGUGCCGGUGCCCGUCGAGCAGCCGAUCGUCUACGCGAAACUGCAAUCCGGUCUUGGAUACUACGGUGGCUACAGCGGAUACAGCGGUGGAUACAGCGGUGGAUACAGCGGUGGUUACAGCGGUUACCCCUAUGGAUACUCCUCCUGGUAAAACGGCAACCCCGAGGGCGACGCUCUUCGUCAUCAGCGCGAGGCAUCACUCGGAUCCGCGUGGAUCUUUCAAAGAACUCUUUCAGUGAUCACCUUCUUCAGGAAAUAAGCGCUUCCAAAGAAAGAUAUAUGUAUUAAUGUACGUUAAUACACAUAUUCUUCCUCGUCGACGACAAGUGUGAUUAAAGUGAAUACCUCACGUUUCGGAAAUUGAGGGACAAUCUGGCGGGUCUUUCAAUCUGGUGGGAUUCUUUUGGACAUUUUUUUUUAUGACAGGGAGAUAAGGAGAGAGAACGAGUGUCUGGAAAAGAAGAGCGUCCUCUAACUUUGAAAAAAGCAAAAACAUUUCCGCGGCGAAAGGGAAUCCAGUGGUGCUCGCGAUCAUCAAGUGUGACUACUUAGGUCUAUGUUUCUACUUAUAACUUCAUUAUGCUGAUUGUUCAUCAUUGAAAUAAAUCUUUUCCUAUGAA